AGUGCAAGUUUUAUGUAAUCAACAUUAGUUCUCGGUACUACAGACAGUCAUCGGUGUUAGCCUUCGGUAGUACAGACGUCAUCCAGACUAGACGUUAGCUAGAUCUUCCCCAAGUUAGACGUAGCAGCUUCAGAAAGAGAUCUUUUACUACUUUUAUACUCAUAACUUGGACGAAUACAUUUUUGGGCCAGGAGUAGAGAACAAGGAAAGUAGAUUAGCAUAGCCUAGAGAAAUACUGUACAGGCUUGCUUGUAGUCAUGGCUGGAUCUGCUGCAUCCCCAACAUCCCUAGUUGAGAUAACUGUAUCGUGCAGGAAUCUUAGAGAUACUGAUGUCUUCUCAAAGAGUGACCCCAUUUGCGUUCUCCUGUAUCAGCCAUUUGGAGCUUCACAAUGGACAGAACUAAAGCGCACUGAAUGCAUUGAUAAUACAUUGAACCCAGACUUUGCUACUAAAAUCCCUAUUACUUAUCACUUUGAAGAACAGCAACAUUUAAAGUUCCUAAUAUAUGACAUUGAUUCUGACAGUCCAAAUUUAGCACAUCAUGAUUUUAUUGGGGAGUAUGAAUGCACUUUAGCUCAGUUAGUAAGUGCUCGUACAGUACACAAACCUUUAGUCAAUAAAGAAUACAGUGGCGACAAUGGCUCAAUCAUCCUCAUCACAGAAGAACUCAGCUCGUGUAAGGAAGAGCUGGUGGUGCAGUUUGUGGGCAAGAAACUUGAAAAUCGCAGUUGGUUUAGCUCACUUAACCCGUUUCUGGAAUUCUACAAAGCAAAUGAAGAUGGAACUUUCACUCUCGUUCACCGUACGGAGACUGCACGAAGCACUGACACACCAGUUUGGAGAGAGUUUUCUGUUCAGCUCCGUACAUUUUGCAGCGGUGACUAUGAAAGAAACAUUAAAGUGAACUGCAAAGAUUUUAAGUCAAACGGGAAUCACAAGCUUAUUGGUGUUUUCCACACAACAGUGAGUAAGCUGAAGGAAGGUCCUGGCGCUACUAAUAACUAUUGGAUUAUAAAUGAGGAUAGACAGGGUUUUGAGUCACUUCUUUCUUGUUGCUGUCCACAAACUGGCCAGAGAAAGAAAGGUGCCAGCUAUAAGAAUUCUGGUGAAGUCUUAGUGAACACGUCCUAUGUUCGACAAGUAUAUUCGUUUCUGGAUUACAUCAAAGGUGGAAUGGAAAUUAAUGCCUUUAUUGGUAUUGAUUUUACAGCAUCUAAUGGAAACCCACAGACACCGCAGUCUCUUCAUUAUAUCAACUCAAUGAGUCCUAACCAGUAUGUCAGAGCCAUCCAGGCAGUUGGAGAAAUUGUUGAAGAAUAUGACACGGAUAAAUUCUUCCCCGUUUUGGGCUUUGGCGCCAGGUUGCCUCCUGAUUUUACCACGGCUUCCCACGAGUUCUUUGUGAAUGGUGAUCCCUCAAGUCCAUAUUGUUUUAGGGUUCAAGGUGUCAUUGAAGCCUACUAUAAUUGCCUAAAUAGAGUACAGCUGUAUGGACCAACAAACUUUGCUCCAAUCAUCAAUCAUGUGGCACGCUUUGCAGCCUCCAACAGAGCAGGAGAUAAAUACUUCAUUCUUUUAAUCAUAACGGAUGGCAUUAUCACUGAUAUGCCACAGACGAAGGAAGCCAUUGUAAAUGCUUCAACCCUACCCCUGUCCAUAAUAAUUGUUGGAGUUGGUGGAGCAGACUUUUCCAACAUGGAGGAAUUAGAUGGGGAUGCUGUCAGGCUCUCUAGUAAUGGUCGGUAUGCUGCUCGAGACAUUGUCCAGUUUGUACCUUUUACACAGUUUUUGAAGGGGGGAGGGGAUCCACAUAUAGCUAGAAUGAAGUUGGCCAGGGAGGUGCUUGCAGAAGUCCCAGACCAAGUACUCUCCUACAUGAAAAGUAACAAUAUUCAGCCUCAGCCGCCAAAACUUAAUGAUGCAGCUUUGCCCUCUGAGAUUAUCUAACUUGAGACCCGCAGCAUUUUUUUGUAGGUUGCAUCAAGUAUUUCACAAGGUUGCAUUUUACAACAGAUGAUACCUAGCCUAGCUUAAGUUUUCUGUUUUGGUGGAAAUUUAGCAAAGAGCAGUGCCAUAUACUAUGUUGCUCCUUUGAAGAUGCCUCCAAAAAUUAGAUAUAAUUUGCAGUGUUGCUUUUCAUAUAAUUUUUUUAUUAUAAACCAAAUCAUUACAUUGCAUUCCUUUUUCUGCAUACUGUAGUCUUCUGUAGUACUAGAUCUGCACAGGAGUAGAUAGAUAACUGUACUGUAAAUGUUUUGUAGUUACUAUAUGUACAAGAUUUUUAAGAACUCAGAAUUUUUAUAGAAUCAUUAGCUCUACAUUUUUAAAGGUAAAAAAUACCUGCAUUUGGAAAAAAAUAUGUACAUACUGAUAAAUAUAUGUGAAAUUCAAACUUUUGCAUGUUAAUAUGCUUGUUGUCUGUAGUGGCCAGAUAUAUUGUUUGAUAUGAACCAAGACUACUCCUUUCCGAUAAGGUGCUUGUACAUAUUCUCAAAAUAUUCCUUCAUCAUAAUUGAUUAUUAUGUUACCUUUGUCAUCUUGGUAUUGCUAAAUUCAAGCGAAUGUAAUUUCAUGGGAAAGCCAAGCAGUUUCAUAUACAUUUCUAGUCAAAAUUACGGGAUGAUCUUUCAAGCGAGAAGGUUUAAAGUAGAAAAUUAGUGUAGAAGCUUUUACUAAUGUUUUUCCAGUUAUGAUUAUGCUCUGAAAUGCUGAUUUACAUGUGCAAUUUUCUUCUGCUUAUUAUUUGAAGCUUCAGUUUCUCAGCUCUUGUCCUUUUGCUUAAUGAAUGUUCUUUGAAUAUUUUCAUUAGAAAUUGGUGUUCAAAGUGGUUGUGUUCAUAUAGAUAGUAUUUGUAAUUGAAAAAUGUUAUUUCCUAUUUUGUUUCAUGACAUAGCAAAGCUUGACAUACUGUAUAUCUAUGUAAAUACCAAUUUAAAUUCCUAUAGACAAAGUUGCUACCAGUAUUCUUAUAGGAUUUUUGGAAUUUACAUUUUUUUUUAAUUUAUUCAUUUGUAUUGAAGGUUUUAUGUUUUCUUCUGUGCUGAACAAGUUGCCUUAAAGAUAAUACUGCCCCCUUUUUACUCAAGAGCUUUGUAAAACUCCUGUAGGCUUUAGUAUUUGGACAGAUUAUAAUAAUGUGAAUGCUUAAUUUCAAGUGUAUUUGUUUUAUAAUUACCAGAUAAUUAGAUAGUUUCUACCAUUUCAUGUUAUUCCACUGUAGGUAACGUAAAAAUAGAAGAAAGAAUGUGGAUUACGUAUUCUGUAAGAGUUUUGUACAGUACUUCCAGUUGCAGAAUACUGAUGGAAAAAUAUUUGUACGCAAGUGUGAAGUGCAUUUAGUUUUUACUUUAUUUGGCAUCGUUAGUUGAGAAAGCAGCUAGCAUUGAAAUCAAUUGGAGUUUGGCUGCCUGUAUGUUGGGUAUGUGUGUAGGGGUAAGCUCCAUAACUGUGAAUUCUGUUGGCUGCCUGUACAUUGGAUACAGGUGUAGGGGUAAGCUCCAUAACUGUAUGAACCCUGUAUAAUUUACAUCAUGUAAUUUGGCACCUCUGUUCAUGUGCCGUAUCCUUUCAUGGAAUGAAAGAUGUUUAUGAUUUACCUACUAUUUUAUCAUGAUGUUUCUGAUUUUUGUGAAUUAUUUUAAGUUUGGUAGACCCUUUUUGAAGAGAUGACAAACGAACAUAAAAUAGAACUUCAUUUUUAUUAGUAACAGUGUCUGUUUUCAUGGAAACUGUUAUAUUGGCAGACCCUUCUUGAAGAGAUAACAAACAAACAUAAAAUAGAACUUCGUUUUUAUUAGUGUAUGUUUUCAUGGAAACUCUUAUAUAUCCAGGUACUUCCUAAAAUGCUUAGAUUAGACAGUCAUCAAGGUUAUUAACCUACAGAGCAUGAAUGAGACAAACUGAUUUUAUUUUAUUUGAUUUAUAUAGAUUUUUGGCUUAUGCCAAGCACUGUGGCAACUAAGUACGUAUAUGGUUUGAAAACCUCGCAGUUGCACUAUGAAACAAUUGUUAGGAGAGGGUGGAUAGUAAGAUGAAAGAAAGAGAAUAUGAAUGGAGGUACAGUAAAAGGAAUGAAAGUAGUUGCAGCUAGGGGCCGAAGGGAUGCUGCGAAGAACCUUAAGUAAUGCCUACAUUGCAGCGAAUGAGGUGCAUUGAUGGCACUACCCCCCCAUACGGGGGAGACAAACUUAGAAUGGAUUGUACUUAGUGAGACAAAGGGUCUACAUAGUAACAUUUUUCACAUGUUUAGUUUGAUUGCUUUCUUUUUCUUUCUUUGUGAUUGUUCGUUUUUCUUAGGAUCCUUUUUUAAUUGUUAUUGUCGCUGUUUUCCUUGAGAUUGUGCUGUGAUAAUAAGUAGUUAUUAGCAUUCUAGCCACCUUUUCUUAGUGUUUAGUAUCAGGGGCACCUUUUGUAUCUUGUUCAAUCUAUGUAAUUAAUGUGUAGACAGGUAUCCUUUUCUAUGGAUUCUUAUGAUAUUUACAUGUGCAAUAUUUACAACUAUUCUUUUUGUACUUUGGGCUUAAGGUAAUUUAGUUUUACGCACUUAAUACACUCAUCUCUAAAUUGGUCACAUUCAUUUGACCUGUAUUCAUUUGAUGAAUAAGCCACAUGGCCAAUUUCCAGAUUGUAGAGAACAGAAUUACACUUGAAAUUAACCAUAUUUCAUGUAAUCAUCCAGUUUUCAACCAAAUUCUUGAAAGAAGUUUUACAUGUUGACUAACUUGUCUGGUUAAUUCAAUUGUGGACAUCAGUGUUAAAAGUUUUAUGCUUCACUGUGACCCAUUUUUGCUUGUAUCAAGCUCAGGUCUGUUGCAUCUAUAUAAAUAUUGAACUUUGGGAUGGGGUUGCUAGCUCCGUCCCCUGUAGUUAGAUUUAUGUUAACCAAGACAUUUAUUAGUAUUGACACCUUUGAUAGGUCCUCCUUGCAAAAGUAUAUGAAGGAGUGACUAAGUGACACAUGUAAACAUGAAAAAGGGUAAUUCAGAAAUGUAUCAUAAUGACUGUAUAUAGUAAAUCAAGUUUUAUAUUGUAGUAUUAUAUGAGAAUUUAGGAGGAUUGGGUUUGCCCAAAGGCUUGCUUCUUGAAUGGAAAGUUGAAAAUGGAACGGGGUAAAAUUAGUUAUUGGACAGCUAAGUAACAAGAGACUUAAGUGGAAAUAUACAAAGUGGAAGUCACAAAAUGAUGCCAAGAACUUUUGGUAUUAUUUAGAGUAGCAUGCAAAAUACAUUGUUACGAUACCCUCAUUUUAUAUUGAGUAAAAAUGAAUUAAAUAUAAUUUACAUGAAAAGGAAAACUUAAGGAAAAAACUGCUUGUAGUAUUGUAAUUAUCUUGUACUGAGAGUGCUCAGUUAAGUGAAGGAAACAACAUAUUUGAUCCUUCGUUUUGAAAACCAGAUGAUUUGGCGAGGGGAGAUGAAUAAACAUUCAGAGAAUGUCGGUGACUGGAUUUUUUUUUCAAGUAUGAUUAAGUAUAUUUGAAAGUGUAAUGUGUAGGGAUCCAAAUAGUGAGAAUGAAUAUCCAGUAUUUACUAAACUUCCAGUUUAACCAAAUUCUUCCCACUCCUAAAUCAUCCAGAUACAUUUUUAAACUCAAUCUUUUGGUACUUGAAGGAACUUCCGGUUUUGUUGAUUUCAUUCAAAUUUUUGCACAUACUGUACAUAAAAAUACAGUACAAAAUAUAGAUAUGUAUACUGUAUGCAUCUUUAGGCAUGCCUACAACCCUGACGUGCAAAUUUUUUUUUUUUUUUUUUUUUUUUUCUUCAAUUCUAGGUAUCUGACUAUUUGCAUGUGCUCCACUGCUAGGCUGGUGCAUUUUCCAAUUACUUUUCAUUAACAACCUAUCUUCUAACUAUCACUUGCAACUGAAGGGAUACAGCAUAGCAUAACUAUGAUUUAUAAUAAUGAAGAAGUUAAUUACACAAAAUCUUUAUAAUUUUGAUAUUCCUUUCAUUUCAUGGUUAGUAUUUUGCCUCUUUAUGGUGCUCUCAUAAACAAACCUAGUCUUUUUCCUCUUUAUGGUUUACUUAUAAACAAAACUCAUCGUUCUGCUCUGGUACUGUGCUUUUUAAAGACAGACAUUAUUAUUGUACAGUUGAAAAGAUUAUUGCCAACCACUUAAGGAUGAGUUAAUUACUUAAAUGAUGUUACAUAUUGUACAUAGAAUUUGGUAUAAGAUUCACCAAGAAAUUUCCCUCUCCUACUCGAUCACUUUUCAGUUUUCACAGUGAUCCCUACCACUCGCUUGUAAAUAUCAGUGACUGGAAUUUCUUUUUGUAACAGAUGUAAAUCUACACUUUCAACAUCUGUCCAGUCUUGAGGCCAGAAGGGGGUUACCCUUCCUUUUAGAUUUGAAAUUUUUAUUGAUCAUAGUCCCAUUCGCAUUGAGAAUAUGUUGUCUUUGGAGAAUAUAUUUCUUGUGCAUCAGGUAAUAGCAGUGUUUUAACCCAUCACCCAAUCCAUGGGGCCAGGUGUUACCUUCUCAUUUUAAAGACCGAUUUUUUGGACAUGCAUAGGUGUAAUUUUAAUAGAUGAUGCUGAUUUAGAGUAAAAUAUAAAAGAAUAUUGCAAGAAGCAGAACACUGGUGAUUGCACUAUAGGUUAAGAUAUUUUAUAAUUUAGCUCCUUUGUGCCAUACUUAGUACAUAGAUUAUCAUCUAUUAAUUGGUAUUUGUAUAUGGUAUAGAAUAUUUUCAGUUAUCAAUUUAGAUACCUACCUUCAACCAUCUGUAUUUAGGUGAUAUAUAUUCAUACAGGCAGCCCCGGUUACCAGCAUUUCGUUUUUAUGGUGCUCCCUCAAAAGUUUAUCAAUAACUAGUGUUUGCCCUCCGUAGGGUUUAUAGCACCAUUGUCUGGUUAUCGGCUUUUUAGCCUAAGCGCUGAGAAUCCUUGGCUACAAACAUAACGAAUAUGCGUAUUUUCUUUGGCUCUUUUAAUGUUAUGCUUUACUUCCCUGUAUCCAAUAAUACGAUCAAUGCUUUGGUUUGGGAAAAUCAGCUGAAGGCAGAGGGAAGUUUAUUUUGCCAUAUAACUCAAUUCAGAGUAAUUUUAUUGCUUCUAGUUAACGUAAAGAAAUCUCUAGAAACUCUAUAUAUAUAGGACAAGGUUAUGUUUUGCUAAAUGAAGUGUUUUAAAGUUAAAAUAUGACUUGAAUAUGUCUUGUUGUGAACUAGAUUAAUUUUUUUAAUAGAUGGUUGUGAACUAGAUUUAUUUUUUUCGUUAAUAGAUGGUGAGAGGAGCAUGUUUUUUUUUGUGUAAAAAGUUAACAAUUCCUUUCUCUAUUUUCACCUCAUUUCAUCAUAAUUCGAGCUUUAUGUAUCUGUUUUAUUGGUGCGAAAACAACAGUAAAAUGUGUUCUGUCAUACCCAGUAUGUAUUGUUUUUUAUUAAAAUACUUUUUUCUCCAUUAUUAUUUGCAGUCUAGUUUCGUCCAUGUUGCUGUUGCACAAUACUUUAUAGUUAUUAGCUGUGUGAACCUUGUUUGCUCAGCUUCAGCCACAACUGCAGCUUAAAUUUAGCAGCACUAUAUUUCCUUGCUGAUAUUUUUUCUGUAGCAAAUAAAGGUUUAAUGUAAAAACAUAUCAGUCCUAUUCUACUCAAUUAUCGUCAUUUGUAACGUAACUAUGGUAAUUAUGUAUUUACUAUCGUAGGAGGGCUGAAAUGCAAGCAAAAAGUUAUUGUCGAAUUUGGUUCGGUUGUUUGUAGCAAAAAGACUAUUUUCAUUUAGUUGUUUAUAAGCAAUGAUUAUAAUGUUACUAACAUUGUUUUUAUCAUUCUCUUUUGCUUUUUUAACUUAUUUAGCCAGAAGAUAUGAUAAAGAGAUGGAGGAUACAUUAAGCAUUCAUCGAAUCCGACAUUAAAAAUUUGUAGAACUGCCAUGCAGACCAUGGUAAAGAAUUAGGCAAAUGAAAUUCCACAUUUUCAUGAAAGAGUUAUUACGCAUCAGGGUAAAAUAUCUGGCUGUGACACUGUCUAAGGCAUUGUUAACCAGUCUAGGACACCAUAAGGUGGAUUGUGGUGCCUGUAGACUUUUGAAUUUUGGUUACCUUCAAGCCCCAAGGAACGGAACCCUGCUGGUAACUGGGGGGGCUGCCUGCACUAGGAAACAGUUAAAUUUUUCUCAAGUCAUAAGCAGUUUUAUUCUAUACCAAAAAAUGCAAGCAUCCAUGAAUACUGACCAAGUAACAGUUUUUGUAUAAUUUGAUAUUGUGAUAGGAUUUCAAGGCUGUUGUAUGGAUCCACUUAAAUUUGGGUACUUUAAGUAAGCAUAUUGGAUUAGACUAUCAGUCAAGAAUCAGGUGUCAUGAUAAGCACAUGCUCAUAGUAAGUACUGUAGUCUCAAGCAUAGUCUUUUUGCAGACAAAUUGUGAUUUAUGUGUUGACAACUUUUGAAUGAGAAAAUAAUUAAAAGUUAGAUUUGUAUGAGGAGUCGAAAAUCAGGUGUCAUAAGAAGCAUACACUUUUAGUAUUUUAAACUCACAUAAACUGAUUUGAGACAAAUUGUGAUUUAUGUGGUGACAACAUCUGAAGGAGAAAAUAAUUAAAAGUUGUAUUUGUAUGAGCAGUGGUGAAUGAGAAAGGAGUGAUGAAUAAGAAAGGAGUGAGCAGUACAAGAGACUAAGGAUGGGUGAUUUUGAUGGGCUUUAUAGUAGUCCAGAAAGCCUCAACAAGUACGAAUCAUAUUUUGCCAUCCUUUGUUUAUGCAUGCUUGAUAUAAGUCAGCCUUAACAUAGAGAUAUCUUUAUUUACUUGUGUUCAACUCCCAUGUAAUCAAGGUAUUUCAACCCAUAUUCUUAACAGUCAGUAUGUGUGUGUGUGUGUAUAUGUAUGUACAGCCAAAACAAAUGUCCCUCUAUAUAUAUUUGGGCCUUUUGUAAUGUUGAACUGUUGGUUAUUUUUUUUUUUUUUAAAUAUGAAAGAAAUUUAUUUCCUAAUUCUGAGUGGUGACAUGUGUAUGAUCUAUAUCUUCCCACUCUUGAAAUUUGUAAUGAAGAAAAUUAUUUUGGCAAAUUAAGCAGCUUAUCUGUGUCAUGUGACUUGUAUGAUUUUUUUCUCUUUAAUUCCAGCCAAUAUUUGCCAUGGGCGUAUCUGCUUAAUAAUGAACUCUAUAAGUGUAUAGUACCUCGAUUCUUGCUAUGAAUAAUUCCAAGGCAGAGACAGCCAGUCAUUGGAGGAAACCACUUAACCUCUUUACCCAGGUUUGACAUGAGACGCUUUUUCAUGUCGGCCUUCAGGCAUCAGUCUCAGUUACUUUCUCAUCCUUGUUUUCAUAUGGUCUCAGUAUCCAAGAAGUUCUGCAGUAACUUAUAUAUAUUUUGUGUUGUCUGGUAACAGCAGUACUAGGAUGACAUUAAAAAAUGUAAAAUCAUUUUAAUCAUGUCUAGUUACAGUAAAUUCUUCUGUUGAAAAUAACUUUUCAGAACUGCUAAUCAUUAAAACUGAGAUCAUUAUUACUUAACAACUGCCUGGAUUCAUGCAAGAAAUAAAACAACAACAGGCAAUCUUAUAAUGUGGCUACUAUAGAGUACCCUGAGGAGCAAUUUGAAAGCAUUACAAAAGCAGAGAAUAUCAGGAAAACUCAUUAACACAAUGAUGUUACCAUACCAUAAUGCAAGAUUUGGAGUGAAGACAGCGAUAGGUAUGUCAGGAGACUGCAAUAAAUGUCGAUGUCCAUCCAAAAAAAGCACCAUCUAAUUUAUUUUAAUCGUGGAAAUGGAAUAGAGAAGAGACAAUUAAAAAUUAUCAAACAAAAAAAAGCUUAUGGUGGUUAGGAAGGCAGCAUAAUUAAAAGAACAAGCAGUCAAGUAGCCAUGUUGAUGCUGCAGAGAAGUUAAUGAUGACCUCAGUACUUGAUAUUGAAGGUAACAGUGUCAUACAUAAUAAAAAUUUUAUAAAAAUAUCUAUUCCAAACCUGAACGCAGCAUGCACGUAAUCCUGUACACAACCACAUUUAAAAGAAGAAACUCCAGUUUAUGUUGGAAUCACGCUGUAAGGUUUGGAGGAGGAAUAUGAAGUUUAAGAAAUGAACAUUUUUCAAUAAAAAAAUAUUAAUUUCUUGAAAAACCCAUUAUUUUUUCUUACAAAGCCUAAAUAGCAACUUAAGCAGGAAGCAUAUUGAGCUAUCCAAGGGAAACAGGAAGUCAAGAGAUAGAAACAUUAUUUGAAAACUGGUCAAAUGUUAGAAUGGGUGCGAGAUCCAGGCAACAAGUGUACAAUCUAACCUCUCAAAGAACUUAGUCUUGCGUUUUAGAAGACGAUGACUGGCAAAAGCAAGUUUCUCCCUGUUAGCCUUAUCUUGUCAAAUGCUAACAGUUUGAUACUGCUGAUGACAACAGUCUUGAUGUUGACUUGAGAAGUGAAGCUUGUUUGCUAAACAGGAACAAAUAGCAACUGGAGUUGGUCCAGAGAGAAACUAAAACAUUUUGAGGAGAAGAGUGUGGACAGGUGACUUAGAGCAGAGGUCAUUAUCAGAGAAAAUAGGUGCCAAAUCAAGCAGGGUCUUGACCAGAAUCUUAGCUGAACUUGUGUACUUUGGUGUAAUUGUUACUGUGACCUUCUUUUACAUAUACUGCAGAGGCUUUUGUAGUGCAUGUUGUUGCUGCAACUGCCUUUGCCAGAUUAAGAAAUUAUGUUUUCCCCACCCAUGUUUGUGAUUGAUGGAAGAGAGGGAGUGAGUGGUAUAUUACCAUUUUCAUGAGUUGCUUUUUGGAUAGGGUGACUUCUUUGAGUGAGUGAUGUGGGGAGUGAAAGAAUUUCAUCUUCCAUGUUCAUGAUGGUUUGCAACUCUUGUUUGAGUAGGGCUUUAGAAAUUGUAGGCAGCAGUAGUUAGGGCAGCAUCUAUGGUCUCUACCGAUUUUAUGAGACCAUUUAAAAAUUUGAUAGUACUACAAAUGUUAAGUAUGAACUGUUCCUGGUUAAAAUCAUCUUGCUUGUAAAGAAUGACUGGAGGUUUGAGAGUCUCUAGGUGCAUGAGCCAGUAUCCCUAGGCCACUGGAUCUUCUUGUACUUCUACAGAUGUAUUUAAGUGGUUGAGGUUUUCAUGCGCAACUAUGCUUUAUUAUAGUAAUGAGUUUGUGAUGCAGCACAUAAUGAAGUGUAAGAAGCAUUUUGUUAACACAGUACUGAAUAUGGAACCAGAAUGGCGAAGGCCAAAGGAAUUCAUCAACAAUGGCCAUAGCGUAGACCUAGACCAGGUAUGAAUUUGGGCAAGAAAAUGCAAAAGAUAGAAUACAGAACUCAUUUUAUGUCUAAUCACUUGGAAAAUAUCAAGUAAAAGUGUUCAUGAUGAUGAUGAUGAUUGCCAUUUUGUCAAUAGACACUCAUCAUUUGGUGAAGAUGAGCGUUUCAGCAGAAUUUUAUUUCAGACCUGUUGUGUCUGCUUCAAUUCAUCAUCCUGUCAUUAUAAGUACCAAGCCUUAGGUGUCUAUUGCAGUUCAACAUUGUUAUUAUUAAUUACCUAAGUAGAACACCUGACUUACAUAUGUGAACUCUUAUAGGAUUUGCUCAAAUCGUUUGUUCCUAAAGGUUGUAAAAAUUGGUGCCAAGUAAGAUUUUAGAAGAGUUGCAGGUAGGUGAGAAGAAACCAAAGGGUGUAAAUAUCAAGCUGAAGUAGAAAAGCACUGCAGUAAGUGGCAGAUUUAUAAGAAAAUGCAUGUAGUGAAAAGGGGCCCAAUUACUCUUAUAAGGGGUAUUUCCCAUCUACUUUUUAGUAUUGUAAGUUAGUUUAACAAGACUACUAUUAAUCUCAUAGGACUCACUCGGAACUUGUUUAAAAAGUUGAAGUUGGAAGAAGUUAAAGUAAGAGAAGUUGGACGUCUAGGUGGGAAGAGUCCAAUUGGGAAGGAUAAAACAUGUAAGGCAUAAAACAGUGCACCUUAGGGCCAAAGGGGCACUGCAAAUAACCUUUAGGAAUACCAUGCAUUAUACACCUUAAGUAUUAGUACCAUGUGGCAUUUCAUUUUUGUGGAAUAGUCAACUUUUGUGCUGGCAGUCUCGGACGUGGAACUGACAAGGCUGCAAUUUUAUUAAAAGCUUAAUAGUUUCAGAAUUUCUGAAAACGGACAAUAUUGUAGAUAGGCCGGUUCGUCUUGUAACCAUUAAGGCAGCAUUACAAUUGUCUUAAUUAGUAGUAUUAAGAAUUUAAUAUUUUUUUAUUCUUUUAGUUAUAAGCAUCAUGGUGUAAAUUCUGUAUAGUACUCAAGUUUUGAAGCACUUUAGCUGUGUUACCUAUGAAAAUUAUGCUUAAUCUUGGUGCUAUAAGCUUACAUCUUUAUUUGUACUGUAAGGCUAUAGCUGAUAAAAGUAUCUAUGGUAGUUUUGGACUGUUAAAAACUUUAUAUAAAGAUUUCACCUCUGCUUGCCAGCUUAUUCCAGCUUGUGUGGAUCCCUUUUCCUCUUUAUUGUACAAAUGGUUUGAAACUGCCAGAAUUUGUAUCCUUGUCUUCUCUGCUGGAUUCUUGAAAAGGUAACCUUGAGUGCAUCAAUUGCAUUCUCAUGCAGUGAACCUCUUCAGUCCAGUAACCAUUGUUCAAAGACCGUUGCACAGUAUUACAUUUUCUAGUUAUCAUAUGAAUCACACAAUUUUUGCAGCUUUUGAUUUUCUGAAAUGACUUUAUGAACUAUGCAGAUUUGGAAAAAAUACAUUGAAAGUAUACUUAUAUUUUGUAGAGUUGUUAUUGUUUUGAUAUGGAUUAGACUAUUUUUUUUCUGCCAUGGAAGUACUACAAUACUUAAUAAGAGAUUCUGUUUCCUGUAGGUACUUCCCUUAUUUUUCUAUCAUUGCAUGUUGAUUGUUGAGAUUUAAUAAAAUGUUAUGAAAUUUA